AUGGAGAAACCUGAUUUGAUAAAGGAGCUGCAGAGCGAUCUUGCGCGAAAAUAUAAGCUUCAUGGACCGAAGAUCGAGGGAAUAUGGCAUUCCCUGGGCAAGGCACAACGGGAGAAGGUCAUGAGAGCCGGUGCUGCCGAAGGACAGAUGUUGAAGUCCCCUACCGAUAGAUCUUUAGGCGAUGUUUACAAGUUCAUUCCCGACUGGAAUUUACGAGAUAUCGCCGAUCCGGAUUCUGACUAUCUGCUGGAUUGUCUGAAACAUCGCGCGACGAAGUCCUUACCUGAGCAGUACAUCGAAAGUGCCAACGGCGGCCCUGGUGACGCGGCGGUCAUAUUGAGGAGUAUACAGGUCCAUGGUCUUAAACAUGUUGAGCCUUUUCGCUAUAGCUUCACGUUGUUCAUGGACGAAGAACGAUAUGGACAAUCCUUUACCGUCUCUGACCGGGAGAAGUAUAAGGAAACAAUGGCUAUGAUGAAAGUUGGUGUGGAUGCUGGUUUGAUUGUUCCUCAGUCGACGGGUGAACUUAUUUUACAGUCUAUCCUGCUAACGUCCAUGAAUAUCGUGAUCCAGGACAUUCUUGAAGCGGGUUCUACCGUUGAGACCAAAGCGCGCUCCAAAAAGUCAGAAAAGGCGGCACGUGAGGCUAUGUCCAAACUUAUAAUCGACCAGAAGCCAGAAAAACUUUCCUUGGAAGACCUGGCUGCUCUUUCUCUUGAUCAGAAGUCAGCUCUGGAGGAUUAUGUACUUCUAUGUCGGACUGAGCCCGAAUUCCUUGCUCACGCUGUUAAUGCUUGGUUUUUUAGUCGACCCGAGCUGGUCGCCGAUGAGAAAGGCCGAAGAUUGCCCUUGAUCACAGACAAAUAUAUUAACAUCGCAUUUUUCGAGAUGAUCCACAAUGCCGUCGUGGGUGCUGCAGUCUGGGGGUAUAUCCAUCAACUGCUCCAAGCCCUUAUGACCGGACCAAAUGACCGGACCUACAAAAGCUCCUUUCUCCAGGAGCUUGCAAACGUCUGUCAUUUCGAGUACCAACGAGUCCAGCGGCUUUUCAAGCGCUUUGUCCAAAUGGGGUCUGGCGAUAAACAUUUCAAGCGCGUCUCUGGUGUAUAUGAUAAUGGCACCGCGCGGGUAACGAUGAAAACCAAGCCGGACACUCUUACCAGAACCGAUCCGCAACUCAAUUACAUACUUCGCCUUUGUCAACCCGACACGAAUGCCUCCCGGGUAGUCGAAUGGGUUAGAAAGUUAGACGACCUCCAUCAAACACAUCCCGCUGAGCAAGAUAAGAUGGUGGAGAGCGAAUUUGACGCUUUCGGUGAUCUUGCUGUGACAACCAAUUUCGUCCAGUGUCUCUCGACGUCUCUACCCAUGCCGCCAAUAAAUCCGAAGAAGUGCCAAACUUAUGUUUCUCGCAUAAAGGAUGUAGGGUCUGAACUUGACCCGCUAAAGUCUGAGGUUGACUUAUCGGCGUUUGCAGUGCCGAUUGAUAAUCUUAUGGAGCCGGGAAUGGCCCAAGGCGCGCUGACCACACUUGAUGAGUUCAUUUCCAGCAGAAUAGGGGCAGAUAUCGGCUUUCUCUAUCAGGAUCUAAACGAAGAAUGCUUGUCAGACCUGCAGAAUCAAGCUCAACAGCAGAAGGAGAAGAGCGAGCAGAUAGCACGGGCUGAGCUUGCUUCGUCAACCCCUGAAGCGCCCAAUCGGGAAAUCCAAAUUGAACAGCGCAAGGAAAAGAUCAAAACACGCCCACCACAUUCAUCCGUGUACAGUAUCGCUCCAACAGCAGCUCCCGCGACGGAACCAGAACCUGCAGCGCCAUCCCAAGCAUUCAAAGUAAAGCCAUCCUCCUUGGAGGUAUUCUCGACCCUAUUCUCUAACCCGAGACCACGGAGCUCAAUCACCUGGGCCGCGUUCCAAGCAGCUAUGGCGCACAUGAAAUUCUCUGUUGUGCCAAAGACUGGGUCUAUCUAUACCUUUUCUCCACCUGAAGGCUUCAAUGUGCAAAGGUCUAUCACGCUCCACCGACCGCAUCAGUCCCGUAUCGAAGGUUGGAGACUUCUGUACUUUGCGAGUCGUCUAAAGAGAAAAUAUGGAUAG